UGACGAAAGAGGGUUUUUUUCCCCUGUUUUUAUAGGUAAAAGAAAUGGAUGAAUCUUCUUCUUCUUCUUCAGCUUGUCUGGUACGAUCCUUUUCUCAGCCUUCUCAAGAACGUACUGAGGGAGACCCUUUAUUACGUGCAUUAUCAACAUCAGUAUCAUUUGGAAGAUUUAUGUCUGAAUCGCUGGACUGGGAGAAGUGGUCCUCAUUUACUCAUAAUCGGUAUCUUGAGGAAGUUGGGAAGUAUGCAAAGCCUGGGUCAGUUGCUGAGAAGAAAGCUUACUUCGAGGCUCAACACAGAAAAGCAGCUGCUAAAAAAGCUGCAUUGUUGCUAGAGCAACAAAAUGCAGCAGUUGAUGAGUCAUCUAAUCUGAAUGUGACUAAUCAAAACAAUGAUCAUUCCACAGUGAACUCUGAAUUGACAGAGCCUAGCAGUUGUGUGGGUAUUGAAGAAACACAAAGAGAAGAGGGAGAGUUGAAUGUGACAACUCAAAUUAUUGAUAUGGAAUCAGAGCUCACUGAGAAUGGCAGCUAUGAGGGCACUGAGGAAGCACUGGGAGAUCAGGGUCAUUUGAAUGUGACAAAUCCAAGUGUUGAUAAUUGCACAAUGCUCUUUCAGUUGCCAGAGAAUAGCAGCCAUAUGGGUAUUGAAGAAGUGCAGGGAAAUGAGGGGGAUAAUACAACAACAUGUGGCAGCUACCCUAUUCAUGAAGAAAUUAACUUGGAAACUACUGGAACUGAAAACUCUAUCGAACAAUCUUAUCCAGUAGAGAAUGAACUCAAGUCACUGAAUCAGCCGGAAAAUGUUGUUGUUGAGGUAAGUGAGAAUGUAGCGCAACUGAAGGAGAAGACGCAAACAAAGAAUGCCGCUAUGGUGGGAGACACCGUGCUGUCAAUGAAGAAGAAACCAAAGAAACCAUUAACCUUAACGACUAGAUUGACAACUAAGAAUGAAUCAUCAAAGUUCAAAUCUCAAGUCAAACUGGUGACAGCUCUGCAACCUAUAGUGACUGAUAAAUCUGCUCCAACUAGUAGAAACAACGGAAAAGUCAUGACUGACAAAAAGAAGUCAAAUCCAAAAUCUCGUCAGAUGUCAAUCAAGUUUUUUUCUCACAGAGAGGAAACAAAGAAACCAAUGUCUCCUAUUCUUGAGAAGAUAGUGAAUUCAAGAUUUGUAAGAUCCAUCACCAAAACAUCUAGAGACAGCAAAAUUCAACAGACUUCAACUCUGGCAUCGGUGAGUGGGAUAUCAAAGUGUCCUUCUGAAGCCCCUCAACGGGCAAAUAAAAGGGAUAGAACGAUGCUUGACCACCAAUCAUUGUGUAGAAGCAGGAAAGAAGAGGGUGAAUCGUUAUUCCAAUCAGGAAAUCUCAAAUCAAUAAACAAGCAUGGAAAUGUAGCAUGUUCUUCCCCUACUGUAUUUUCUCCGUUCAGCUUAAGGAGUGAAGAAAGAGCAGCAAAGCGAAGAGAGUUCUUUCAGAAGCUAGAACAAAAACUGAACACAAAGGAGGCAGAAGAAGAGCAGCAACAAGCAAAACCAAAGGCAAACACCACCAGUAGUUCUAAAGUGCUUAUAUCAAGAGCUAAACCAAAUCCAAGAAUUCAUCAUGGAAGAGAAUCAUCUAGUAAUCAAAUGAAGAAGGGAAAAGCCACCAGUAGUUCUAAAGUGCUUAUAUCAGGAGCUAAACCAGAUCCAAGCAUUCGUCAGGAAAGAGAAUCAUAUAGUAAUCGAAUGAAGAUGGAGAAAACCACUAGUAGUUCCAAAGUGCUUACAGCAAGAGCUAAACCAAAUACAAGCAUUCAUCAGGAAAGAGAAUUAUCAAGUAAUCAGAUGAAGAAGGAAAAAGCCACUACUAGUUCUAAAGUACUUACAACAGCUAAACCAAAUGUGAUUCAUCAAUCAAGAGCUGAAUCAAAUACAAGCAUUCAUCGUGAAGGAGAAUCAUCAAAUAUUGCGCUUAAUCAUCAAUCAAGAGAUGAAUUAAAUGCAAGCAUUCAUCGUGAAAGAGAAUCAUCAAAUAUUGGGCUGAAUCAUCAAUCAAGAGAUGAAUUAAAUGCAAGCAUUCAUCGUGAAAGAGAAUCAUUAAGUAAUCAAAUGAAGAAGAUGCCGCGACAACCUUGCUCACCUAAAUACAGUGGGAAGCCAGUGCCAGAAGUCCUAGACAUCAAACCUCGACAGCCUUGGAGGCUUUCAGGGAAGCCUGAGGGAACAAAAGAUGUUAAAAGGGAAAACAACCUUCCAAGGCUUUCAGGGAAGACUGAGGAAUCAAAAGAUGCUAAGAGGGAAAACAACCUUCCAAAUCAUUUCCAAGUGAAAGGUAGAUCAGACAAUCCCAAGUCAUUUAUCUGUGAGAGUAUGUUGGAAAAUGCUUCUCCAAAUAUCCAAGUUUAAGACAGACUGCUGCUGAGAUCCAUAAAGAGAGCAUUUUCCCAACAUUUAACGAAAUGCUGCUGCUUUUCAGUUUUGAAGUUUCAGGGGCCACAAAUGUGUGC